CUGACCCCGCCCAGCGGCACCGGCCGUGCCGUCGAGGACUUCCAGGCAGUGGUGCAGCCCAUGUUGGCCGAUGCCGACAUCGCCACCACCGUCUUCAUCACCGAGAGACCCCAGCAUGCACAUGAGAAGGUGCGGGAUGAGGACCUGUCGCAGUGGGACACGUUGGUGGUCAUGGCCGGGGACGGGCUCCUGUACGAGGUGGUGAACGGGCUCAUGGAGCGGCCGGACUGGGAGGACACCAUGAAGAAGCCGUUGUGCAUCCUGCCGGGGGGCUCCGGGAAUGCCCUGGCUGCCUCCAUCAACCACUACGCAGGCAAUGAUCACGUCGCCAAGAAGAAGCUGCUGACGAACUGCGCCUUCAUCCUGUGCAAGGGGCUGCACACACAGAUGGACCUGGUCUCGCUGAGCACGGCCUCGGGCAAGCGCCUCUUCUCCUUCCUCGGCUUCGGCUGGGGCUUCAUCUCGGACGUGGACAUCGACAGCGAGAAGUACCGCCGGCUGGGCAACGCCCGCUUCACCCUGGGCACCCUCCAGUGCCUGGCCAAGCUGCGGGUGGUGGUCCCCGAGGAGGAGUUUGUCUCUGUCUAUGCCAUCUACCAGUCCCACCUGGGCACCAACCUGCUGAUGGCACCAGCAGCCCGGCUGCACGAUGGCUGCAUCCACCUCUUCUAUGUGAAGGCUGGCAUCAGCCGCGUGGCACUGCUGAAGAUCUUCCUGGCCAUGGCCAGGGGGACUCACCUAGACUUGAACUGUCCCCACCUGUGCUACGUCCCCGUCCGGGCUUUCCGCCUGGAGCCGCGGACGGCCGCGGGCAUCAUGACGGUGGACGGCGAGGGGCUGCUGGACACACAGGACAGCCACAGCUCAGCCGAGAGGACAGAGGAAGUCAGCGUCUGUAAAUCACCAACCACAAUUCUUGUCUGGUAA